UUUAGUCGUGUUCUAACCUCAAAUUUUUUCUCUUUAUUUAUUUCCAUCGUUAAAUAUGUCAAUAUUAAUCAAAAGUUUAAAUCAAACAUCUAGAUUAGUUUCUCCACAUGCUGCUGCAAUUAAUGCAGUUUACAUAAGAGAAGCUAGUAAGAAAACUGGAGGUAGUACUAGAAAUCAAAAGGGUCACGCAAGGCCAAAACAUCGUGGAUGGAAGGUUCAAGAUGGGCAUACAGUCACAGCAGGAACUUUAUUAGCGACACAACUAACACUGAGAUUUCAUCCUGGCUUAAAUGUUGGACUAGGUAAAAAUGGAACAUUAUUUGCAAUGGAACAUGGCAAAGUUCUUGUAACAUGUGAAAAAUUUGAUCCGAAUUGGGAACACACUUGGGUUCAAAGAAUCUAUGCUGAACGAAGAGGAACAACAAUUUAUAAAAAAUACUUUCAUGUGAUACCUGAGCCACAGCAUAAUAGGUUUAAGUUAGUUGAUUCAAUAUAGAAAUGAUUUAAUUAUUAUUUGUAGUU